UGGCACCGAGAAAAAACAGGCAGGGCCUACUUUAGAAUCAUAAUGAAUGUUAUUACAUAUAAAAGUAAGAAAUGAUCCUCACUAUCAGCCAGCGUAGCUUAUAAAUUAACGCAGUAGGCUACAAAAGACGUGGCUGUUUGACCAAUCAAAUGAAAGGGGCAUUUCAACGCAGUCCACAGGCGAUUUCUCCAUGGAACCCCAAGUUUCAGUAUUCGGAAAAACCUUUUUUUUUCGUUUGCCAGAUUGAAUGGAAUAAUUGAAUAAUCGGAUGAUAUACGGACCGAUCUGCCUAUGGCACAUAUAGCUGAAAUCAGGCGGCUGUCGUUUCCACUGUUUCCCCGUGAGAACUUUUACGUUAAGUGCGCAAUGCACUUUGGAAACGACUUAUUUUUCAAUUGAUUUACGUCAAUAGCCCGGUGGGCCUUGAACAUUAAAAAUAGCUCACGCACAGGAAAGAUGUGGUUUAGGUUGUCCAAAUGCGUUCCUCAUAGUUGUUUGUUCCCAAGCAACAGAGGCGCAUCGCGCGUGCGUCAUUUCCUCCCGAGCGCCCGUGUCGGUGUCUCACUACGGACUCAGUAGUAGCGACAAGAAAUCCGAGCGAGCCACACUGACCACACGGGCUCCUCUUCUGAGCGCAGCUGGCAAACUCCAAACGGUCGUGCUGUGUUUUUUGUUUCUUUCUCGGUGCAGGACGCGUCUCACCACUCGUUUCUCCUCGCACAAUGUGUUACCAAAAGGAUUAAAGUCACUAUUACGGACGUCAAAUCCUCGCGGGACUUAAUUCGGGUUUGUUGUUUGCCUUUGGAACGGUGUAUUUUUCCCCUACUAUAUAUAGCAUUCAAAGUGAUUAUUAAACAAAUUUCACUAAUAAUCAAAAGUUUCGUAAACUUUAUUACACUAGUUAUUCUAACAUUUUGCUGUAUUAGUGUUGCUAUUUUGAGCGAAAGUAGACUUAACUCAGCACUGCUGUUCUCAGCACAAGUUUAACGCACGAAUCGCGGAGCUUUUCUGUUUUUAGCAAGAGACAGUGACCGUGCUCAGUUCCUAAUGCCUGAUGUGAAAUCCCCCUGUGGUUUUGAGGUGUCCGAGAAUGAGCACGGAUCUGGAGCGCGCGUCUCUCAAGUCGGGCGUGAACUCCCUGGGCUCCGGUGGCCGCGCGCUCUCCGUUAACGUCAAGAAGUUGCACAACGCGCUCAACGUGCUGCUCAACGACUUCGAAAGGGAGCAGUUCAUCCAUUGUCUCAACGUUUACCACGCCAAGCGCAAUGUCUUUGAUCUCGUGCAGACUCUUAAAGUCAUUCUCAACACAUCCAACAAGCGCCAACUAUUACCCAUGCUGCGACUGGUUAUACCCCGCUCGGACCAGCUGCUGUUCGACCAGUACACAUCGGAAGGGCUUUAUCUAAAAACGGAUCUUCUGGCAGCAAGUGUCAAUCAUGAGUGCUCAGAAGACAUCAGCAGCACGAACGCGCAUGCAGGAGCAUCCUGGGUGCACUUUCUCCACGAGUCCGAGCAGGCCGGUCCCAGUCACGGAUCCGUGCGCGCGGCUCCUGUUUUCAGCACCACGGCUGAGGGGACAGCGCCAGAGCUGAUGCAGGAAGCGCCUAAUGAAAUCCGCCAAGUUACGCUGAAAAGGAGCAAGAGCCACGAAGGCCUGGGAUUCAGCAUACGGGGUGGAUCAGAGCAUGGAGUUGGCAUCUAUGUGUCUUUGGUGGAGCCGGGAUCAUCCGCUGAGAGAGAGGGGCUCAAAGUUGGAGACCAGAUCAUGAAAGUCAAUAACAUGGUGUUUGACCGAGUCACUCAUGGAGAGGCAGUCAAGGUAUUGAAAGGUUCUAAGAAGCUCUCCAUGUCAGUCUGUUCUAUGGGUUGGAUCCCAGGUGGUUACGUAAGCAAUCAUGUGUACACAUGGUUGGACCCUCAGGGUCGCAGUGUGUCCCCGCCUCCAGACUUGGUGGAGCAGCAUGGCUCAGGAGGAAGACACUCGGACAUCCAGCAACAUGGCCACACACACAUUCAGCAAGAGGGUGCUGAGAAGAAGGUGAAUAUCUCACUGGAUGAUGGGCGAUCUCUGGGUUUGAUGAUCCGUGGAGGUGCUGAGUAUGCUCUGGGCAUCUAUAUCACCGGAGUGGACCGAGGGUCUGCUGCAGAGUACAGCGGACUAAAGGUAGGGGAUCAGAUUCUGGAGGUCAAUGGACGUAGUUUCCGGAGCAUUUCUCAUGAUGAGGCAGUGCAGAUCCUGAAGAAUUCCCGCCACAUGCUGAUGACCAUAAAGGAUGUGGGGCGGCUGCCUCAUGCGCGCACUGUGGUGGAUGAGACCAAAUGGAUUCCCAGUGCACAGAUCGCUGAGAGCUCGGCCAAUAGCAACACCCAGAGUGUUCUGUCUGUUGAUGUAGGAGCAGGAAGUUCAGGAAAGUCAAUCUGUUGUAAAGUUGUUGUACCAGCAGUUGGAGCGGUUCACGCAGGAGCCUGGAGCUCACUGGAGGAGCAGGCAUACAUGCUUCUGACAGAGACAGAGAGACAGACCAUGAGCUAUUACAUUCAAGAGUACCAGCGUGCACACAUCGGGGUAGAGCCUCUGGCCAUGGCCCUGUUUGAACUCUUCAACACACAUGCCAAGCUGUCCUUGCUGGCUGAGGUGCGGACUCUGAUCGCGCCGCAGGAUCUGGAACGAUUCGACGGGCAAGUGUUACAUCGCGAGAUGGAAGCGUGGAGAGCUCGGCACGGAGCCUCGGGCCUCCUGCACCCUGACUCUAUCUGCGUCCCCCGUCCAGAGUGCCACAUUCCUGCUGCCUGCCAGCUGACCACUGCAGUCCCCAGCUACAACAAGAGUGAGUGCAGGUUGGAUGGGAGUUUGAUGCCAGUUGAGAGUCUAAAUUCUCUUCCUAAUGUUGCUCUGGACAAGAUGCAGCCGUCAUCCGAGUCACCCCCCUCGUUCAAACCUCCACCUCCACCUGUUCGACAUGCCAGCCCUAAAAAUCAGACCAAACGACCUUCGUCCAAGCUGUCCCAGACCAACCUGCUCUUUACCGCCCCCUGUAGGCGGCAUCAGGAAAACCAUACCCACAAUCACUCACACUCGCCCUGCUCUGCUCACACCUCCCCAUGUACUAUCCACCACACUGCUUCCAGCUGCUCUGUCCAUCACACUCCUCCACCCUGCUCUCACCAUCACAGCUCUCCACGAUCAUCAUCCCAUCACGCUAGCCCUUCCUCUGGACCACCGUGUAGAGAUUUGGUUCAGUUUCUGAUGAGCAGGCAGGCGGCAGUGCUUUCCCCACACCUAGAGUCUCCAAAUCGCUCUAGAGAGGGCACCCCCAUGAUCUCUCCACGCUCCUCUCCAUCCCUUUCACCUUCACUGCUAAUGCCUGCGCCGCCCCCCUGUAGCCCUGAGAAGCUGGAGGGCUCCCCCUCUUCACACAGCUGCGGUGCCACCCAGACCAGCCCACUACACCCUGAGCCAGAGACGACAGAGGAAAGGCCUCAGCCCCAAAUACGAGGAGCCACGCUGUCCCAGCUGUCAGACAGCGGACAGACUCUGAGUGAGGACAGUGGAGUGGAUAUCGCAGAGGCUGGGGGGUUGAGUAAGGACAGCAGCCCUCGACCAGGUAAAGCUCCAUUCCUCCAGGUCACAGGUGGCACACGCAGAGCGGAAGGACUCGCACAGACCUCCGCAAAACAGAUGGGAAUGAUGGAGCCUACACUUGUACGGGUGCCCAAAUGUGCCAGUACACUGGGUAUUGCUGUAGAAGGGGGUGCCAACACCAGACAGCCUCUACCACGCAUUGCGACCAUACAGAAGGGGGGCUCUGUGCAUAUCUCCGGACAGUUACGGGUGGGUCAGGUGAUUCUGGAGGUGAACGGCGUGUCACUUCACGGCAUGGAGCACCGGGACGCGACUCGGGUCAUUGCAGAGGCCUUUAAGACUAAAGACAAAGACUAUGUUGACUUUUUGAUUGCCGAGUUCAACUCUGCUCUGUAGAAGUCGUCCCUUGAGAGUUUCACUAGUUGCCACUGCAAAGACGUUGCACUUUAUGUCAAGUCCACACAAGGGGCUGAAUGAGUCAUGCUUGUCAUAUCUGAGUCACAGUUAGCUUAGAGUUCAAAAGCUGCAACACACCCACCUUACGUCUGUGUUCUCGCUAUAACAACGAGCAGCUGCCACACACGUUCACUGAACACAUUCCUGGUAUGUUCCAGUGGAUGAUCU